AGCCUUGAGUCAAGGGCUACUUUUUCAAAUGUAUUCCCUCCCUUUGCGGAGAUUGGUGAUGAGUAUUGCUGAUGAGUAGCUAUGCUCAAAAGAAGGAACCCUUUCUUGUGAAUCCCGAAGACCCUCGCAAUCCUGGCAGUCUGGGUCAUCCAAUUGGAUGCAAGCCGUGCAACAAAUAUAAACCAGAGAGGCCCAAUGACUCGUGCAAGCACGCAGCUACCUGUUCAUUUUGCCACGGCAAGGACCAUGAGCGGCCCAAGCACAGAGGACAGCGUGGUCGUCAUGCUUUGCAACGGAGGCAAUUUCUCGAGUCUCGGGAUGUUUUGAAUGAUCAGCUGGUUUUGAUCAUUGACAGAAUCUACAAGGAGCCUCAUGAGAUCAUGGACGAGAUCAAAAGGCGCCUUCGAGAUGAGUACACUCCAGGAACACCAGAGUGGGACCGAGAGGUGGCCUACCUCGUUGGGGAGAUUGCCAACAUCGGGGAUAAAGCUCAAAACCAGCGUCCCGACAACGCGCGUGUUCGAAAAGCACGAGCCGAGCAACCGCCUGAAUCAUCUCAAGUAGAUCUGGAGAGCAGGUGCAAGUGGUACACGGGCACUCUGCAUCUCAUGGUAAGAAAGAUGUGGGAUGAGCACCAACCAGAAGACAAAAAACUCGAGGACAUCAACAAAAUCGUGACAGAAAGCCUCGGGUUGUUCAAGGCGCUUGUCGACACGUUGACAAAACGGCUCGAGCCGUCUUUUCGAUCUGAGGAAACCGUCAAGGCUGCUGUGGUGGAGAAUGCGUGGCUUGCUGAACCGUUGCUCGAACUGGUCCAAAAGGAAGCAAGUGCAGCCUCACUUCCAUCAAUUCAACAAGUUCUGGAAAAUGAGGUGUGGAAAGAGCUGAAAGUGUGCCUUCCACGGCUUAGACCCGAGGCAACAGAAGGAGAGAAGGCAACCGUCAGCCGCAAGUCCAUGAGUUCCGCCGAGUCUUUGGAAGAGCUGCUGCGGCUGGUGAAAGAUUGCGUGGAUCAUGACGCGGCAGGGAUUUUGGGCCAACUUGUUGCCCUCGGCAGAUGUGAGCGUUGGACGUCGAUUUCCUCGUUCUUUCGAAGUUGGAACUCUCGGGAAGCUUCGGACCUCUUUCAAGAUUUGAGAUUCAUGUGUCGUGAUCAGACCGCUUUCCAUAUACCCACCCUGGCCCCUUAGGUUUUUUACUCAGGCUGGCUGGUGGCAAGCCGCAUUCAGUUCCGUAUGCAUUAUCCCGAGUGUGUGUCCGUGGUCGCAAGUGAGGAGGUCAUUGGUUUUAGACUGGGGUAGGAGCCACCAUCCUGGACAUGUCGAUGCGGGCUGAUGCGAAGAUCGUUCUCAUGUGUGUUUGAGGCGCUAGAUGAAGAGUCUGAAUAGCCCAGGCACCACAGUUCGUGUAUGUUUGCGGCAGUUGCCGGGACGUACGAUGACUGAGGGACAUAGGCCGCAGGUGCAGGAGAGGUGCCCUCCACAUCCUGCGGUCGCAGGAGCUGAACGAACUAAAUGUUCUAUGUAGUGUUACACCCACUAAACUUUCGACCGCUAUACCCCGUGGUUGUGUGGUUGGAUUUCUGGGACAGCAAGAGAAUCACGUGGUCAACUAAUAAGUAUUUCAAAAGGUUACAUAAGAGAUGUGGCGCACAAAUACACUGGUUGGAAUACAGCAACGCAAUGGUGCGGCUGCAUACGAGUAGAGAGCGCUCUGGACGAGCAGUUUGGCCAGGUCAGAUUUGCAUCAAUGCCAUGCAGAAGCAAGGAUGUGCAAACUGUGCGACCCCGCAUUUUAAACCAAUCACCAGCCCUGAAGACAGUUUUCGCUGCUUAACUGCUGGUAUUGUGUGCUUGCUGGCUUUACUACUACUUUAGCAAGACAGCUCAGAAAAGCUCUCAGCGAGACUGAGAUGUGC